ACUCUUCAACUCUUCAACUCUUCAACUCCAGAUUCUGUAUUCUUGAGGAGUACUAUCAUAAUGCCGUCUUACAACAUCGUCGUAUUUGCUGGUGACCACUGUGGUCCUGAGGUGACCGCGGAGGCAAUCAAGAUUCUCCGUGUGAUCGAGAAGCGCCGUGAUGAUAUCACCUUCAACCUCCAGGAUCACUUGCUCGGUGGUGCAUCAAUUGACGCCACAGGCUCCCCGCUCACCGACGAAGCCCUCGAAGCCGCAAAGAACGCCGAUGCAGUUUUCCUCGGCGCUAUCGGCGGACCUGAAUGGGGAACGGGGUCUGUCCGCCCUGAGCAGGGAAUCCUCAAGCUCCGUAAGGAGAUGGGAACCUUUGCCAACCUCCGCCCAUGCAACUUCGCUGCUCCAUCCCUAGUGGACAGCUCUCCUCUCCGGCCCGAAGUCUGCCGCGGCGUCGACUUUAACAUUAUCCGCGAAUUGACCGGGGGUAUCUACUUCGGUGACCGUAAGGAAGAUGAUGGCAGUGGCUUCGCCCUCGACACCGAGCCCUACUCUCGCGCGGAGAUCGAGCGCAUCACUCGCCUUGGUGCCCACCUCGCCCUGCAGCACAACCCCCCUCUCCCCGUGUGGUCGUUGGACAAGGCCAAUGUCCUCGCCACCAGCCGUCUGUGGCGUAAGGUUGUCACGGAGGUCAUGUCUAAGGAGUUCCCCCAGCUGAAGGUCGAGCACCAGCUGAUCGACUCCGCUGCCAUGAUCAUGGUCAAGGACCCUCGCAAGCUCAACGGUAUCGUCAUCACCAGCAACUUGUUCGGUGAUAUCAUCUCCGAUGAGGCUAGCGUGAUCCCCGGCUCUCUGGGUCUCCUACCUAGUGCCAGUCUGAGCAGCAUUCCCGAUGGAAAGUCUAAGGUUAACGGUAUCUACGAGCCUAUCCACGGAUCUGCUCCCGAUAUUUCCGGAAAGGGAAUCGUCAACCCUGUCGCCGCCAUCCUUUCCGUGUCGCUGAUGAUGCAGUACUCCUUUGCUCGCUUCGAGGAUGCCCGGGCUAUUGAGACUGCUGUGCGCAACGUGAUCGAGUCUGGCGUGCGCACUGGCGACAUUGGCGGCAAGGCUUCUACCAAGGAGGUUGGCGAUGCCGUUGCUGCCGAGCUGGAGAAGCUUCUGCAGUAGAUUUGGUGUUUUUCGGGAUAUAAUGGAAAGAAACAAAACAAUCGAAAAGAGCGGGGGAAAAGCAUGGAUAUGGCAUGGGAUUGAUUGCAUAUGCCAGAUGAGAUAUAUGAACUAUUUGCAUAGAUUUACCCUAAAUAG